AAUUGCUGUUCACAGACACCCUCCAUCCGAUCAGACUAAGCUUGACCUAUUUUGCAAGGAAGAAUGGGCAAAUAUUUCAGUCUCUAUAUGUGCAUCGCUGGUAGAGAAUUACCCCCAAAGACUCGGAGCUGUUAUUGCAGCAAAAGGUGGUUCUACUAAGUAUUAACUCAGGGGGGGUGAAUACUUUAUGCACCACUUUGUGUUGGUCUAUCACUUAAAAUCCCAUUAAAAUACAUUUACUUUGGUGUUUAUGGCGCGGUACUAAAUGACAGCCUGUUGCAGCAGCUCUGGUGGGUUUCCAAGUUUUUUGUAUUUUUUUUGUAUUUUUGUUUUGAUUUUCAAUGUGAGUUAUGGCAACUCUUCUCCGGUGACCAUGAGAGGAUGGACACUUUACUUUUUUUUAAUUUUGUGGCACUUUUGUGGAACUUAUAAUGAUGUUUCUGCUAGCCCUAGCAACAGAAGCACAUUGUUUACACACAUGACCAGUUGAUCGCGCUUUGUAAACCUGCACCGCUGUGUGAACCUGCACUUCUGCCCGGAGCCAGGCCUGAGGUCCUGAAGGAGCUGUGGAGGAGAUGCUGGGGCUGCAGGGCCGGAGUGAAAUGGAGGGCAAAGAAGAGGAGACAUAGACCAGCUGUACCAGCGAUCAUCAUGGAGAACGUGAGGUCUCUAGGGAAUAAGACAGACGAGCUCGCCGCGCUGAUAAAGACUCAGAAGGAAUAAUGUGAGUGCAGUGUGUUGUAUUUCACAGAGACAUGCCUUCACUCAUACAUCCCAGACCACAGCGUGGUGGUUCCCAGCUUCAGCACCAUUUGGGCGGACAGGGAUGUGAUAAGCAGCGGAGAGAAGAUGGGAAGAGGGAUUGCACUGUAUGUAAAUGAAAGGUGGUGUAAUCCCGGACAUGUUCACGUGAAGGAACGUCUCUGUAGCACAGACAUUGAACUGCUGACUGUGGGGAUGCAGCCCUAUUAUUUACCCCGGGAAUUCACGUCCACCAUCAUUAUCAGUGUGUAUGUUCCUCCUUCAGCUGAUGCAGCGGUGGCCUGCGACAUCAUCCACUUCACAGUUGCCCAAAUACAGACGCAGCAUCCUAACGCAAUUAGUGUCAUCACUGGGGAUUUUAAUCACAUCUCAAUGGACAAAAGCCUCCCAACAUUUCACCACGGCAGCCUGUCAACACUAGGAGUGUGAGGAGGUGAACUCAGGAGGCUGCUGAUGCACUACAGGACUGCCUUGAGUCGACAGACUGGGAUGUACUUGUUUAGCCACAUGGAGAGGAUCUCGACAGCAUGACUGACUGCAUCACAGAAUAAAUGAGGUUCUGUGAACACACCACCAUGCCAACAUGGACUGUAUGCUGCUUCCCUAACAAUAAGACUUGGAUCACCAAUGACCUGAAAGCCCUUCUUAACAAGAAGAAGUGGGUGUUCAGGUCUGGAGACAGGGAAGAACUGAGGAGAGUGCAGCAUGAACUCAGGGAUAUGCUGAGGGCCUGUAAAGACACCUACAGGAGGAAGCUGGAGGCCAAACUCCAGCAGAACAAUGUGACGGAUGUGUGGACUGGAAUUAAGCAGAUCACUGGGUGUAAGACCCACUGCUGCUGUGACAAAAUAAUUUCCCAGUCUGGAUUAGGGUUAGGGUUAGAGAGCACACCCAUCCCCUACUCCUCACACCUUCUCUGGCUCCCAUGCUACCCACCCUCCUCUCACUAUGGACUCCAACUUUCCCCCUCCUCGACCUGCACUUUUAACACCUCUUCAUGUGAGGAGACAGCUGAGCAAACUCCCCGCCAGUAAGGCUGCUAGCCCUGAUGGUGUCAGCCCACAGGUUCUCAGAGCCUGUGCCCAAUGGCUCUAUGGAGUGCUUCAUUGAGUCUUCGUCAUGAGCCUAAGCCUCCAGAGGGUCCCUGUGUUAUGAAAGAUGUCUUGCCUCGUUCCUGUGCCAAAGGCGCCACAGCCCAGCGGUUUCUCAGAGUAUCAACCAGUGGCACUGGUGUCACAUGUCAUGAAGACCCUGGAGAGAUGUCCUGGAGAGCUCAGGCCUAUGGUCAGGCUGCACCUGGAUCCCCUCCAAUUUGCCUACCAGCCCAAAGAUUCGAGUUGAGGAUGCCAUCAUCUACCUGUGGAACCAUUUCUAUGGCCACCUGGACAAGUCAGGGAGCACUGUGAUUGUCAUGUUUUUGACUUCUCCAGUGCUUACAAUACCAUAAGGCCUGCUCUACUGGGUGACAAGCUGACGGCGAUGCUGGUCAAUCCCCCACCCCCUUGUGGCCUGGAUUGUGGAUUACCUCACUGGCCAACCACAGUACACAUGCUUGUGGCACUGUGUGUCAGAUGCGGUUGUCAGCAACACCGGGGCCCUACAAGGUGGUUCCGAUCAGCUUUUAGAAUGAUAAUUUCUGGAAAAAUGUUCCAAGCAUCAUCUGCCACUAGCCAGGAUGACGAGCCAUCUACCUCCUCAGCCACACAUCUCCACAAAUAAUUGCCUGGAGCAGAACUGAGGAUGAGCCUCUGUCCACUGACUCUGAUAACUGGCCUUCAGUUCUGACUUUGAGAAUUCAGACGCAUCUGGUUUCCAGGGGACCAAGUUGGUUACCAUCUGACUUUGUUUUCCCUAGAAACGACAAUGACGGAAGAAGUUGCCAGCAUCAAUACUUCAGGAAGUCAUUGGUUAGUGGGGAAGAUACAACAAGAAGUUGGUUGGUAUUCAUUUUGUGUUUCUUGUUCUAGGGUUAGGGUUAGUUCUCUGCCCCGUAUCAUGGGAACGCAAGCAGCCAGAGCAGUGAGGAAAAUGUUUCUGCGGAGCGCUCGGGACCCUGUAUGUGGCCAGUGGGUCGAGGUGAAGCUGGGACAACAUUUGGGACAACACACGCUCUGAAACCGCUCGUGGCUCCUGUUGCCGCCUUCCCCCUUAGUUGCACUGUGUGGGACUGAGCAUGUGAUGGUUAGAGUGACAUAGACGUCAACAUCUGGACUGAAAUCUGGACUUCCUGUUGGAAGUGGCAAAAGACUUUCAUCGGCAGCAGCAGCAGUUUGUUAAUUUAGGUCGUCAUGGCUGCGCACAUGGUCGCAAAGCUGACAUAAAUGUAAAUACGGAAUUACUGAAUGCGCUUCCAUAUUUGUUACAUGGGAACUUGAACUUCCUGUCCCAACAGGAAGUAGAACCUGACUAGCUAUCACCCUAACAGUAGCAGCUCGGCUGACAAGGUGUGUGGAAAAUGUUUCCGCAACUACUCGAACUUAAAACAACAUCUGACGGGGAUGCACACAAUCCCCAAUAAGGCAGAGAUGGCUCUGUUAAUGAAAUACGGCAAUGCCAGGGACCACCGAACGUCUAGAUUGCGAAAUAUGUGACAGGAGAAAUCUCACCGAUGUCCAUAUGAUCCCUCCAAAGGACAGAGAUUUCAUGGUCAAGGAGGCUAACCCUUACCCACCGAUACCAAUGGUGUCGACGCUUGGUUUACAGGCAAAUCCAGAUGAAGGCGAAGCACUGGACUAUGGCGAGGGUUGCGGGCUGAUGGAGAAAGUAGAGCUGGUCCUCCACCUCUCUCUGAGCGAGGACUCCGAGGCAGGCAACAACACCAUCGGAGUCCCUGUGCUGGCGUCUACGCCACAACAAGCAGUCGCCAGCCUUGGAGUCCCCCAACAGGCAACCGUUGCCUUGUCUCCCAGGGUCCCCUCGUCUCCCAGGGUCCCCUCGACCGGUGCCCCCUCGGCCGGCACCCCCUCAGUCGACGCUCCCUCGGCCUGUCCCUCGCACACGGGUGCCCCACCCACCAGUGCCGGCCUGACCACCACCUCCUCGAGUGGGAUUGAAUCAAUGGUUUCCUUAGCUGCCGCACAUGAGCAGAGCUGCUGGGGGCUGAUGGCAAGGGUGAAGACCAUUGAGGACACCCUUGCCCAGCUUCUCCAGCAGCAACAGGGCGCCCACACCCCCAAAACCCCCAGGGGCAUGCCAGCGACGCUGACGACAUCAGCCCAAAAAUAUGAGCAUGUCGCUAAACUUGGCAAAUCUCGGCACAUGUUUGAGCGUACGGUUGAUGACCUCAGAAAGAUAACGCCCGGCAACCGGCCAGUCAUGCCCUCCGAUUCUGCUUGUACAUGGCCUCUACACUGCUGGAAAAGGCGUUCUGCCUGGAUCUCAAGUUUCUCCUCCAAAAUGACAAACUAUGGUCGUGGCCAGCCUACAGCCUGCAGAAGAAGGGUUACGUGGCAACCACUGUCCGCAACAUGAUGAGUAAUGUCGUUGCCUUCAUUCGUCAUAUUCAGUGUUUUUUUCCCGAGAGAUAGCAAGCUGAGUGCCUCCGAGUUUUCAAAGCUGCUCUAUGAGCUUAAGCAGCUCAUGGCAGCUUUACAUAAGAAGGUGGUGGUGCACCGUCAGAAAGUCAGACAGAAGAAGACCGAUGAGCAGUUGGAGGCCUCAAAUGAGGUUAAGUUCCUGCAGGCGGCCAAGCAGAAAAUACCCCAGCUGCUUGCACUCUUGCCAGACGAUGGCAGCCGGGGUCGUGACUGUCAUUUAAAAAAAAAAGAGGGAAGGAGAAAAAAGGAGCGGGUCAGCAGGGGCAAGUUUUAAAAUGUGGCGGUUCUCUGCGGUCCUGUCUUUCCUCGACCCCUUCACCACGCCCAGUGGCAACAUGGCUCAGGGGGUCGAGGAAGACUGGACCGCAGUGACCUCAUAUGAAGAGAGCUUGGGAGAUGAGGCAGCAGCAGGGCCGUCAGAGCUGUAGUCAGGAGAAGCAGAAGCAGGGCCAUCGUCAGGGCCAUCAUCAGGACCAUUAGUUUGUGAUGAGCGAUCCUUGAGUGACAGCAAGGGCACAGCUCCUGCUGCUCCUGCUGCUGCUCCUGCUGCUGCUCCUGCUGCUGCUGCAUCGAUCAGUGGUGCGCGGACAGGGAAGAGGAAAAGAGGGAGGGACAUUGAUGCAGCUGGAAGAAAGGAGGAGAUGAUAGAGGAGCUCCUCAUCCAGAGCCUGCAGAGGCCACCUGCCCCCCUGCCACCUCCACCACCUCCACCUGCGUGGAUUGAGGAGGAGAGGUUUUUGACAAGCCUGGCUCCUUCCCUCCAUAGGCUGCCACCCCAGCAAAUUGAGUCUAUUUUGUUUUCAAAUUAAAAAUAUAUUGUAUAUAUUUCUUAAUAACUACUA